AAUGGUAUGAUGAAACAGGUGCAAUAGAGAAAGGAAGAAAUUCCAAUUUAAACCUAGAAAUAGUAUUGAAAAAUUAUUUUCACAAGGCAGAUGUCAAAAAAAUUGUACAGAAUGUUAACUGGUUAAGAGAGGAAAUUGCAGCAGCAGAUAAAAAAAAAUAUCAUCUAAAGACUUUUCCUUGUUUUCACAAGUCCAAUUUUCCACUACUAUACAGGAAUGUAUUUCAUGCAUUUAUUCAAGCUGUUCGUGAUCGAAUAUUAAAACCAUUAUCGAGUACUCAGCACUUAAGAUUUUGGGAAGCUAUAAUGAACACAUUAGGAAAACUAAUGUUAUUGGCCAAAGAACAAGAUUCAAAAAUAAUCAUUAACAUUUUUAUAAAACAAUCUCCUAUGAUACUUAAGAUUUUUUUAAAACAAGGUUUGUCCGGGCUAGAAGUUUUGCUAAGAAAUAAUACAGAGGAUGUAACUAAUAUAUUAAAAACAAUGCAGCAGAGUACUAGAUUUAUAAAUUCUAUUUGUGUUCAGGCUAAAACAACAAAAGAUGUAGCAUUGAUGUCGUGCGUUCCCACAGUUCUUAGAAUUUUAGAGACAAUUGUUUAUAAAGUAAAAGCUGUUCUUGUAGCAAAUAAAUGUCCUACUGCUUUCAUUAUGGGAAAUCUAAUUAACAGAAAUGUUAAAGGUGAAAUUAUUGCAACACAGAGUACUAGUGUAACAGAAAGUAAUAAUGAUUCCGAAGAUGAAUUUCCACCCAGUAAUUCUGAAUCAGAAUUAGAAUCGGAUUCAGAGCCUGAGGAAUGUGAAAAACAUGGGAAAACAGAGAAUCAAGAAGUAUCUUUACUAGAAAAUAAUUUAAUUAGCUAA